AUGCCGCCAGCAGCUACCGCCAAGUACGACUGGAUCCUCGCCCUCACCACCAUCGCGUUUGUCUUCAGCGCCUUCGGAAACGGAGCCAACGAUGUCGCCAACUCCUACGCGACGUCGAUCGCGGCCCGGACUCUGAAUAUGGCCACGGCCGGUGUCCUGGCCGCCAUCACCGAGUUCAUUGGCGCCGUCGCGCUGGGCUCCCGCGUCACAGACACGAUCAAGAACGGCAUUAUAAGCAUUGACCGAUUCGAAGGCAAACCAGGUGCUCUGAUGCUGGCCAUGGGCUGCGCAGAGGUCGGCAGCGCAACGUGGCUGAUGUUUGCCACCAGUGUGGGAUUCCCCGUCUCGACGACCCAGACCAUUGUCGGCGCCCUGAUCGGUGUCGGCUUCGCAAGUGAGGCGUCCAUCACCUGGGCUUGGAAGAAGGGGAGUGUCUCGCAGGUCGCGGCGUCGUGGGGCAUUGCGCCUCUGAUCGCAGCGGGCUUUUCUGCCCUCAUCUUCGGCACGCUCAAGUACGCCGUGCUGGAGCGACGCGAUCCCUUCAAAUGGGCCAUGCGCCUGAUUCCUCUCUAUCUCGCCAUGACCGGUGCCAUCCUGGCUCUGUUCAUUGUCGUCGAGGCCCCCACGGCACCUUCGCUGGAGGAGUUUGGUGCCGGCAAGGCCGUCGGGAUUAUUCUGGGGGUAUUCUUCGGUUGCCUACUCAUUGCCUACGUCUUCUUCGUGCCCUAUUUCCAUCGGCGACUCAUCAAGCAAGACACCCGCGUCAAGUUCUACCACCUCCCUCUGGGCCCGCUUCUCCUGCGGGACAAUCCGCCUCUAUAUUAUCCGAGCAAAGGCGACUCCGUCGUGAUCAACUAUUACGAAGAUGCAUACGGUGAAGUUCUGGCCGGCCAGAAAACCUCACACAAGCAGAAGACAGCCGCAAACGCAAAUGCAGACUCCAUCACGCCAUCACCUGAGAUCCCGGCCCACGCGCCGCCCUCGCGACCGGACGAGGAUGAAGAGAAGAAACUCGACUCCCAGCAGUCCACUCCGCAGAUCAAGCCGCGCAAGAAGCACUUGGAACCAAAGGAGCGGUUCAUUGACCCCGUUCGUGACUUGUCCUGGACGAACCCCCAGAAAUACUGGGGAUAUACCAAGUGGCUGCUACUGCAGGGUGUGACGCGGGAUGUCAUCACCCAUGACUCGCCUGCGCUACGUGCCAUCCACGCCCGUGCCCAGCGGUAUGACGACCGCGUCGAGCACCUGUGGACAUACUGCCAGGUUGUCUCGGCCAUGAUGAUGUCCAUCGCGCACGGUUCCAACGAUGUUGCCAACGCCGUUGGACCCUGGGCCGCCGUAUACAGCACGUACAAUGCCGGUGUGGUCGAGACGAAAGCACCCACCCCCGUCUGGUUCCUUGUGGUUGCGGGGGUUGCUGCUUGGGCUCGGGUUCUGGUUCUAUGGGUAUCAUAUCGUGCGGGCGCUCGGAAACAAGAUCACGCAGAUGUCGCCGACGCGUGGGUUCAGUGUUGA